CCACAAGUGCUUAAAGACAUUCAGCAGGAAAGAGUCAGAUGAUAACACAGAUUACUCUGGAUUUGAGCGGUCUUCAUGGGAGCCACGCACAUGAAAAGAUCACAUACACUACACUGGAUUAUCCAAGAGGGCUAAGACCAAGGCAGAGCAGAAGAGAAUUGAAAACGUGUAUGGAGCAAGAUGCAAGACAUGUGUUCCGGCUUUGGGCAAAAGUUGGAAUUUUACCAACAAAGAGCCUCGAGGAACUGCGAAGAAGAGUGGAAAACAUCAAAGUGCCUUAUGAUGUUGGAAGAAUUUCCCUUACAAAUUGCCUCCGGCUUUACAGGAUUUACAGCAGAUCAGUGGAAAAACUGGACUACCAUUUACUCCUUAUUUUGUCUAAAAGGUGUUAUUGACAACAGCCACUAUGACAUGUGGUUUGACUUUGUGCAGGCUUGUAUCAUACCAUACUCCAGAGUCAUAUCCAUCAAUAGAUUGGAAGAAGCAGACAGAUAUCUACAGUCAUUUUUAUCAAAAUUUGUUAACCUGUUUGGCCCACUGCACAGCACCCACAACAUGCAUUUACAUCUCCAUUUGAAGGAGUGCAUGUUGGACUAUGGACCAGUUUAUUCAUUCUGGUGUUUUUCAUUUGAGCGUUUCAAUGGAAUACUGGGAAAGUUUAAGCACAACAACAGGACAAUUGAAGUCCAAAUUAUGAGGAAAUUUCAGCAGAGUCAACAACUUAGUAUGCCAUGGACAUGUCAAUACGGUGCUGAAAUUACCAAUAUUUUACAGGGACAAAUGACUGGAACUUUGUCACAUAAUGACACAACUGACAUGCUUUAUGUUAAGCACAGUGUUUUGGUGUCAGCAAGAACACUUCUGUUGGAAAACUGCACAGUGCCUUUGUCGCCAUUCCACAACACAAUCUUAGAUACACUUGACAAGCAUGCAAUGUUAAAAAUGUAUCAACAGAUGUACCCUGAAGAUUGUAUCACGGACAUUGAUUGCUUUGCCAUGACAUGCAAACAAGUGACAUAUCAGAAUGUGACAUACUUCAUACAUGGAUCCAGAGCAGAAAGGUCAGCAUAUGUAUAUGAUAAGUGGUGUAGAAACAGCUACAGUUAUGAGGAACCAGUCCUUGACCCUUUAGCGGAACUACGGCCAGCCAUUAUGAAGCAGUUCAUAGUUGUUAAUGUUAUUUAAAAAACUAAUACAGUUAGACAUGUCAUUGCACAAGUUUCCUGGCUCCAUCCCCACCCAGACAGACAUUUUUAUGGAAAGCCAGUAGAAGUUUGGAGCUUGCAGGAAACGGAGACCUCCUAUCCAGCAUCAUUCCUUCCCGUUGAGCGCAUUGCUGGAAGAUGUGUGGUAAACACAUCCACUGUCCGUUAAAGUCAGAUGGAAGAAAAGGUGACUGUUAUUAUGCCACUCUGCACAGUGGUUCAGGUGUAGAUUUGUGACGCACCACAACAAAAUUAGGAACAGGUUACCGACAUUUGAACUUAAAAAAGCAGAAAAACCUUGAACCAUGAUUUUCAAGUUGAGGUCGACAGCCAGCCGAAGGUCACACCGAGACCAGAAGUUGCAGAAACAGGUUAGAAUUCUGCUGAAAGGGAAAAUGUGCUACAGCUUCUCUUCAAACUGAAAAAUUACAUCUUGCAGUUUUAUUCCCAAGUUAACUGUUCAGGUUAUUUGGCUUUAAUAAAAAUGAGUUCUGAGUCAAAUUGUUGUUUGUUUUACUCAGACAAGACGAAAAACACAUCAGGAGGGAAGAGAAGAUGAGACAGGACUGGACUGCCACAUUCACACACAAAGUUCAAUCUUUUGUAUGUACAACAGUUGAAGAUUAUUUGCAAACUCACUUAGGGGGAAAAAAACUUCCUCUAAGGGAAAUCGUGUCCAAAGGUUUUGGACAUAGACAGGCAGGAGGAAAACCUGUUAUUUAGAAGUAUUGCCUGAAAAACAAAAGAAAUACACUAAAACUUCUUAAUCUUGUUUGUUGAGUACCAAAAAUCAAUUUGCCAAAAGGCCAUAUAUUAUCUGCUUUGUUUUGUUUGUUUUUUUUGUUUUUUUUUUGUUGUUGUUUUUUUUGGAUUGUCAUGUGUUUGAUUUUGUAAAUAACUCAAAAUGCCCCUAUGGAAACUUGCUCAUAGUUUUGUCAUAGAUAAAAUUAUGUCGUCACAUAUAAUGUAUGUAGGACUGCUUCUAGAUAUGAGGGGAGAAUUUGUUUUAAUCACAUUUUGACUGAUAAUCUUCCCAGACAAUAUGUCAUUAGACUUUCUCCAUUACGUUAAUUUUAUAGUACUUUAAAAUGUCAUGAUGUAAUAUAAAUUAAAAUGAUUUCUUGUUAAUUAAAUCUUG